AUGGGUAUCAAAGGACUCCAUGGUCUCUUGAAAUCCAUUCAAAAGCCAUGUCAUCUCAAGAAUUUCAGUGGACAGACUCUCGCAGUGGACGCUUAUGGCUGGCUACACCGCGGUACAGUCGCGUGUUCCGUGGACUUGGUCCUGGACAGGCCAACAAGGAAGCAUAUUGAUUUCGUCCUUCAUCGAGUCCGCAUGCUCCUCUACUUCGGCGUCACACCCUAUCUCGUGUUCGACGGCGAUAACCUGCCCAGCAAAGCAGGCACGGAGCAGGAUAGGCAUCGCAAACGGCAGGAGAGCAAAGCUUUGGGAUUAGAGCUACAACGCAAGGGCCGAAUGCCAGAAGCUUACCAGGAGUUUCAGAAGGCCGUCGACGUCACGCCCUACAUGGCCCGCCAAUUGAUUGAGGAAUUGAAAACGAUGAAGGUAGAAUAUGUGGUGGCACCUUACGAGGCUGAUGCACAGAUGGUGUACUUGGAGCAGCAAGGUCUGAUCCACGGGAUCAUUUCUGAGGACUCCGACUUGCUUGUGUUCGGAGCCAAGAGAUUGUUGUCAAAGUUGGAUCAACACGGGGAUUGCAUUGAAAUCAACAGGGCGGAUUUCACCGCCUGUCGUGAAGUGAGCCUCGUUGGAUGGAGUGAUGCAGAUUUCCGGCGCAUGUGCAUUUUGAGUGGAUGUGAUUAUUUGGUCAAUAUCCCUAAGAUGGGACUGAAAACUGCCUACCGCAGCAUUCGCAAGCAUCGAACGGUGGAGAAGGCGCUGCGCAUGGCUCAGUUCGACGGCCAAUUCCAGGUCCCUGCUGACUACCUUGCGAACUUCAAGCAGGCUGAGCUUACUUUCCUCUACCAACGGGUGUUUUGUCCCAACGCCAAGAAACUCGUGACACUCACAGUCCCGGAGGAAGGUGUUAACCUCGACGAGCUACCCUUUAUCGGAGGCGAUGUGGAGCCGGAGAUCGCAGCUGGUGUUGCUUGCGGGGAUUUGGAUCCGAUGACCAAGGGGCCGAUUGUGUUGAAACCGUUGGCUGCAGGUAAAUUGCCCCUGGGGAUCAGUCGUCGUCAGACACUAGGUUCGUCUUCAGAGCUGAAGCCCAGCAAGUCUAUCAAUUCGUUCUUCACCCCAAAGCGGACCCCGCUGGCCGAGCUGGACCCGAACAGUCUGACCCCGUCCCCAAGCCAACAGCGCCUCCUGGAACGGAAUGCGAACAAUUCCUGGCAAGCGAACUCGGCUCCCUUACGCUCUAGCGUGGCUAGAUCUACCCCUCUUCGCGCUUUUUCAGACCAGGGUCUCAGCCCUAUGGUCCGCAGUGUUGAACGAAAUUCAUUCUUGGCCAAUGCUGCACGCGCGUCCACUUUGCAAGCGACCAAGCGGCAAAGGCUUUGCUCGGAAACCGAGGAUGAUCAACUACCGGCUCGUCCGGACAAUCGCAGCCGGUUCUUUGCUCCCAGCACUGAGCAAGCCAGCCCCAGCGGCUUGAAGUACUCCCGGAGCAAGAAGCAGCGGAAAUCGACUCUGGAUGUCUUCUCCGAUGAAAUCGCAGAGGACAUCUUUUCCAGUAUCCCCGAUCCAGCUUCGAAGGGCGAGGCCGUGGGGAGCCAAGCGGAUACUAGCCAGGGUGGAGCUGAAGCCCCAUCCGAUCCCCAGAUUGAGAAAAGUGGAUCAUCCGUGGAGAGCCAGGAUAAACAGGCCCAGUCCACGUCUGAGUCCACUAUAGAGACGGCGAAAUUCGAUCGGGCUCUUGAUUACCAUGUGGAACGACAAAACUCGACAAUGAUGUCGAAGUACGUGGUCAACUCAAAUUCCAAGCCCGAAGCGAUACCUCGUUCGACCCAGACAAGAAUCCCUGUGAUUCAAUCUGGUAACCGGCCAGCACCUCUGCCGUCUUCCCGUACUUUCGGCACGGCUACUCAGAGCAAGUCUCCUCAGCGACAGCGUCUAACCCCGUUGCAGCGCAUGGGACAGGCUGCUCUGACUCGGUCAAACACUAUCAAUUUUCCAACCAAGCUUCAAAAAGUCGACUCUCUGUCAUCUGAAUCAGACAACUCCCAAGGCACGUCGACCUCGCCUUUUGCACCAAAGCACGUCGCGCAUGGAAGCGAGGAUCACAUUGUGCCGGACAGUGAAGAUGAGGAUGAGGAGGAGCCGUGCAUGUCUCAGCGCACUAUGCCGCUAGAUCUCCAGCGUUUCUCAUUUGCGGCGAACUAA